AUGGAGAGCGACACCAUCGAGGAGAAGCUGCCCCGUGCGCUACCCCUGGCAACACUGAUCGGCCGCGAGCUCCGCGGCGGCGGCUCCGAACGCCCGCUCGUGCGGUUCGGCCACUCCGGUUUCGCCAAGCGAGGCGAGGACCACUUCCUCGUCAAGCCCGACUGCCUCCGCGUCCCCGGUGACCCUUGCUCCGCCUUCUCCGUCUUCGCCGUGUUCGACGGGCACAAUGGCGUGUCGGCGGCGGUGUUCAGCAAGGAGCACUUGCUGGAGGACGUGAUGAGCGCCGUGCCGCAGGGUAUCAGCCGCGACGACUGGCUGCAGGUGCUGCCGCGCGCGCUUGUGGCGGGUUUUGUCAAGACAGACAUUGACUUCCAGCGCAAGGGUGAGAUGUCUGGGACGACGGCGACCUUGGUCGUCAUUGACGGAUUCACUGUCACUGUGGCGUCGGUCGGAGACUCCAGAUGCAUCCUGGACACUCAGGGUGGUGUGGUCUCGCUGCUAACUAACAGGUUGGGGAGGAAUUCUCCAUCAAAAGCAAAUGUGCCCCCAUUCCGCUGCGCGAUCUGCCAAGUGGACCAAGUGCCAUUCGAAGAUUUAAUAACUGAUAAUGAAGGAGGUUACAGUUCUGCCCCGUCAACACCAUGGGCUGGUCCUUAUCUUUGUUCAGGAUGUAGGAAAAAGAAGGAUGCGAUGGAAGGUAAAAGAUCUAGCCGCUCGACUGCAUGCAGUUGAAAAUACCAACAGGCCUGGUCCUUGUCCAUGAGAAGUAGAUUCUGGUUCAGUUUUCUGUUUGAUGUAAAAGGAGAGAAUAAACUGUUUGCUGCUGGACCAAAGAAUCGUUUGGUGAAACUAACAGUAUUCUAGCCUGAACUGAAGAUAUUGGGCUACUAACAAGCUUGGAGUCUACCAAUGGCGCUCAUGAAAUUUCCAUUCGCGCUGAGAAGAUGGCUACCGGAACUUCAAGACUAAGUUUCUUUUGUGUAACUUAGCAUGUAAAGUGAAAUGGCUAGCCUAAAAAUGUUUGAGAAAGCGACAGCUAGGCUUCUCGAUGCUGCUUUGGAAUGUGUUUUAUAUGGAACUGGGCCAACUAAUGUUUUAUA